AUGUGCAGCGCUAAUGUGCAGCACUGUGGGUUUGUCGGAUUCGAUGAGAUGAGGGUGGGUAAAGUGGAGAGUGAGAGAGUGAGGGAGUCUCGUGUGGCAAAAAACAUUACCGGUAAGAUGAGAGCGGGCACGACAACGACGGUGACGGCAAUACGACAUCAAAGGAUCAAAGUUUUGCCUGAGUGUGCAGCGCUGAUGUGCAGCGUGAUGUGCAGCACUGUGGAUUUGUCGGAUCCGAUGAGAUAUGGUGGGUAAAGUGGAGAGUGAGGGAGGUGCGAGGGAGGAGAAAUUACAGGAGCAUCACAGAGCAUCCCUGUGAGAAGAAGGGGACGAGUACUGCUUCUUCUUUUGCUUCCCAGACGAAGGCUUUGGGUCGGCCGCACCACCUUUCACACCCUGUCGUUUAUCACGUGGCAGGCAAUGGGGUCACAAGGGCGUUUUUUGUCAUUACCGUGAACUUUAGCAUCUUGGA